AUGUUUUCACGUACGAGACAGAAUGUCUCUGCUGUUGAAUAUGCUCAACGCCUUCGGGAUGAACGAGAACAAAAACGAGCUCAUCUCGACGAACGAAAUCGAUAUUUAUUCGAUAUUAUUGCUACACGAUUGGAAGUCGAUCGGAAUGAAAUCGAAGAUAACGUACUCGAGAGUCCAAAUUUUAACUUUAUGGAUCAGUUCUUUGCUGAAAAUGGUAAUCAAUAUCUAAUCUUCUUCUAUCAAGAACCCGACAGUGAAAGUCAUCACAGUGGAUCUGAUGGAUAUCGUUCACGUUAUUCAAUACAUUCGAGUCAUUCCGGUACGAGUAGUACCAAACCAAUGAAGCCGAAAGUGACCAUCGCUGAUCUGAGUCAACAAAGUUUGCAAGGCAUAUGUCUAUGUUUUCUUCGAAAUUCGAAGACUACGCUCAUCACCGAACAAAAUAUCGCGAAUGAAGUUUUUUUCCAUACACUCGAAUGUCAAACUGAACCGAUUCUUCAAACAUUAAUUCGAUCGAUAUCGGAUGUCUAUUUACCGUAUUUUCAAGCGUCGGAGAACAGUUGGGGUUUGGAAAAUGGUCAAAUGAUUAAAAUCGAUUUUAUCGGGCGUUUAACUAAUUUCGUUGAUACGUUAAACAAUGCACAGGAGAGUAUUAAUGAACGUAUCUUGCUUAAACCAUGCGAUCGGAUUGAUCUAACACAAAUACAAAGCCCAGCUGAUUAUGCGACGAUUGCAUCUAAUCCGGAAAGUUUAGCAUUAAUCGAAGAAACGAUGAAGACAUGGAUCCGUCAAAUGGAACAAGUCUUGGCAGAAAGUGAACAAAUUCGUCGCGAAGCGGAUAAUAUUGGGCCACGAGCUGAAUUGGAUUAUUGGAAACGUCGGCUGACCAAAUUCAACUUUCUACUCAAUCAGAUCAAAUCUCAAAAUGUUCGAGGUGUUUUGACCAUUCUACAAACCGCGAAGUCCAAAUUCAUUCAACAAUGGAAAACAUUGGAUAUGAAGAUAACCGAUGCUGCUAAUGAAGCUAAAGAUAAUGUUCGAUAUCUGUACACCUUAGAGAAAUUCUGCGAACCAUUGUACAACUUGGAUCCGGUAACAAUGCUAGAAUCUAUUCCGGGCUUGAUCAAUGCUGUUCGAAUGAUCCAUUCCAUAUCGAGAUAUUACAACACCUCCGAAUGCAUGAUGUCAUUAUUCGUCAAAAUUACAAAUCAAAUGAUCACAACGUCGAAACAGUAUAUCACGAAUAGUUAUACGCAAACGAUUUGGUCUCAGCCUCAAGUGCAAGUCAUUUCGAAACUACGUGAUUGUAUCAAAUUGAAUGAAGAAUAUCAACGACAUUUUCAUUUGACGAAAGCGAAAUUAGCUUCGACACCGAACGAGCGACCAUUUGAUUUCAGUGAAAUGUACAUUUUCGGCAAGUUCGACGCGUUCGAACGACGAUGCAAGAAAAUUAUUGAAAUGUUCGAAACAAUGAACAUGUACUCAUGUUUAGCUGAAUCGAGAAUCGAAGGUAUAUCAGCUUAUCAUACCAAAUUCAAUUCUAUCGUCAUGACAAUCAAACGCAAGGAUUAUGAUUUCGUCGAUCAGCGUAAACAAGAAGUUGAUAACGACAUCGAAGAUUUUCGUCGUUCGAUCGCUGAUCUUCAUCAAAGUCUGAACGAAUUUCUCGACAAACACUUCAAUUCAAUCAAAGGUACCACACGUGCGCUAACAACACUGAAACGCUUCGAGAAAUUGCAAUUACCGAAUAUUGGUUUGAUUGAAAAAUACGGCAAAGUUCUACUUCAAUAUUCGAAAGACUUGGACUUAGUCGCAAAGAUCUAUCAGAAGAAUUCCAAAGAACCGCCGAUUCCACGAGAUUUACCACCGAUAGCUGGUCGCAUUGUCUGGGCAAGACAAUUAUACAGACGUAUUCAUGAACCAAUGGAAGUUUUCUCCAGCAAUGAAACGCUUCUUCAAUAUCCCGAAGCGAAGAAAAUCAUCAAGAAUUAUAACCAAUUAUCUAAAGUUUUGCUCUCAUACGAACUUUUGUAUCAUCAAGGCUGGCUUCGCCAAGUGGACGUCGUGGCAAACAGUGUCCAUUCGAGUAUUUUAGUUCGAGUGAAUCGCGAAGAGAUUCCAUUGAGCGGAUCAUCGAUACAUACGCCCUCGAACACCAUCGUAACAUCAACAUCACAAACGAAUCCUGAAUAUUUUGUGAAUCUCGAUGCGAACAUCUUGGAAUUGAUACGUGAAACGCAAUGCUUAGCACGACUAGGUCUGGAAAUUCCGAAUGAGGCAGUUCUUUUGACUAAACGGGAAGAUGUGAUCAAGAGACACUAUCAAAAUUUGACGCAAUUAGUGGAAAAAAAUAAACAAUUGAGAGAGAAAAUCGAACAACCAUUCGAAGCGCUCUUAGCACCGAAAAUUCAUCGUUUGAACGAUAUUAUCAAACCGGGUCUUACAUCCAUCACUUGGUCGUCGUUGAACAUCGAUGAUUUCAUCACUACAGUCAACUCAGCUUUGGAUGAAUUCGAUUUGAUGUUAGAACGAAUGAAUAAUCUGAUUACUUAUCGAAUCGAAGCAUUACUUCAUGAGAUUGGUACAAUAUCUCUCUGCGAUAUACCUGAUGAUGAAGCGAUCACUCCGGAAAAGUUCUUGAAGGAUACACAAGAAUUAUGUAAUCAAGCAGCAAAAGAAAUUCAACUCAAAUCUUAUAAUAUUGAAAACGCUGUCUUCGAAGUCAUCGACCUUCUAUGCGGCGACAUUGUUCUUGCUGAGACCGAUGUUGAUUUGCAAAUUCAAUAUUCAAGUGUAGGUUUAGGUCUAGAUAAUGAAGAAUCGGAUGACGAAGGAGCAGGAGCUACUGAUCAUCGCUCGAGAAGAUCAACUCGGCUGACAGUCGUCAAUCAGACGCGACAAACCUCAUCGGUAUCAUCAGCGAGUGAACAGAAGAAAUCAGCUGUGAUUCUGCGAGCAUCAUCUCAACGUAAACGAGAACAACAAAUCGAAAAUCUACCCAAUGCUAUUGCCGAUUUGCUCAGCCAUUUCAGUCAUCGAAAUCUCGAAGCAAUUAUACGUGUUAUUCGGUUAACAUUAGAGAAAAUCAAAAAGAGAGUGACAUCAACGGGCACUUAUGGUCGAAAUCGCCUCGAACCUCCUUUAUUCAAAGUGUUUGCUGAAUUAACGAUACCGAAUGUGACCAUACAUCCUCCUGCUGAUGAUGUGCAGAUCUAUGUCAAUCGAGUGGUACAAACGAUCAUAUCGGUCUCAAAACAUGUGUCUCAAUGGCGUAGAGAAAAGCCAAAGAAAAAACAAGGCGAGAGUAAGGAAAAUGAAACUGAGAAUCAAGGAGAUGAUAAUCAACAUCGUGCAACCGAUCGUAGCGAUGCAGUGAACCCGCCGAUAAUCAUCAAUAAUACUGAUUCUUCGACCGACAACACACUUUCUCGUUCACGAGUCAAUACACUCGAUGAUCAACAACAAACGCCCAAAGUACAAUUUUCUACGUCGAACAAUUUCUUCCGAAACGUUACUGACAACAAAGAUAUUGCGAAACUCAUUGCACAACUAGCAACAUGUAUCAAUGCGACGAAAAAAGAUAUCGCAAUAGCAUUGGAAAUCUUUCUUCAAUACAAUCGCUUGUGGCUCGAAGAUCACGAUGAUGAACUGCGACAAUUUCUUGCGAAUGAUCCCCAUGUCUCAGAAUUUGAAAACGAAAUCAAAUUUUAUGAAAAUCUUUCCAUGAAUAUCAAUUCCCAGCCGGAGUAUCUGUCUGUUGGAUCAUUGGCAAUCUUUACUGAACACUUGAAGUUUGCGUUGAACCAAGAAGUCCGCGAUUGGGUUAUUCUCUAUGGUCAAGCCUGCAAUGCUAGAUAUCGAAAAGAAAUGAAUGAAGUGUUGACAUUUAUUGAGGAUAUCGAAAAACGUUUGUCACGGGAAAUCAAAGAUCUGGAAGAUAUUCGUUUAAUUAUGAUUGCUGUAAAAGAUUUGCGUGAACAGGAAAUUCGUAUUGAUAUGAGCAUCACACCUAUUGAAGAGUGCUAUGCGAUGCUACAAUUACAUGAUGUGAAAAUCCCUCGAGAAGAAGUGGAACGAUCGGAAACACUUCGAUACCGGUGGGGACGAUUACAAAGUCGUUGUGCGAAUAUGACAUCGCAUUUACUCGAAAUUCAACCGACAUAUCGUUCAGAAUUAUUGAAAAACGUGAAAUUGUUUCAUGAAGAAUGCAAACAAUUCUAUCGCGAUUAUGAAAAAAAUGGACCGACACGACCAGGUCUUAGUCCACGAGAAUCAAGUGAUCGACAAAUUCUAUUUCAGAGUCGAGUCGAAAAUCUGUACAAAAAAUACGAGACAUACCACGGUGGAGAACAAUUAUUUGCAUUACCAGUGACCGAAUAUCCACAAUUGGAAAAGAUUAGAAGAGAUCUAAUUCUAUUGCAACGUCUCUAUGGACUGUACAAUCGAGUGUUGGAUACCGUUGCAGGAUAUUAUGAUAUUGCAUGGGUUGAUGUGAAUAUCGACCGAAUCAAUCAAGAGUUAUCAGAGUUUCAAACCGCUUGUCGGAAAUUACCGAAAGGUUUACGAGAAUUUCCUGCUUAUUAUGCAUUGAAGAAAACAAUUGAUGAUUUCAGUGAAUGUUGUCCUCUAUUGGAAAUGAUGUCCAAUCGUGCUAUGCAACUUCGACAUUGGCAACGAAUUGCUGACGUGACUGGUGUACGACAUCUCGAUAUCGAAGCAGAGGAUCUACGAUUGCGAAACAUUAUGGAACUACCUCUGUUGAAGUGUAAGGAAGAUAUCGAAGAUAUAUGUAUCGCUGCUGUGAAAGAACGCGAUAUUGAAGCUAAAUUGCGGCAAGUGGAAGCAGACUGGAGAAUGCAGGAGUUUAGUUUCGCUCAGUUUAAAGGUCGAGGAGAAUUGUUAUUGAAAGGCGAUCGAAUUCAAGACGUCAUCAGUUUAUUAGAAGAUUCGUUGAUGCUCUUAGGCUCACUGAUGUCCAAUAGAUAUAAUGUACCAUUUCGAAAGCAAAUCCAGAAAUGGGUAAAAGAUCUCACCGAUACCAAUGAAAUCAUCGAAAAUUGGAUGCGUGUACAAAACUUGUGGGUUUAUCUCGAAGCUGUUUUUGUCGGCGGAGAUAUUGCUAAACAAUUACCACAAGAAGCGAAGCGUUUUGCAUCGAUUGACAAAUCCUGGCUUAAAAUCAUGUCUAAAGCACAUGAACAGCCAGCUGUUGUCCUAUGCUGUGCAAGUGAUGAAGCAUUGAAACAGUUAUUGCCACAUCUUCUUGAACAGUUGGAAUUAUGUCAGAAGUCGUUAACUGGCUACUUAGAACGCAAACGUCUUUUGUUUCCACGAUUCUUCUUUGUCUCGGAUCCAGCUUUGUUGGAAAUUCUCGGACAAGCAAGUGAUCCACAUACAAUUAAGUCACAUUUACGGAGUGUUUUCGAUAAUAUCAGCACAGUGCGAUUUCACGAGAAAGAAUACGAUAAAAUUCUUACAAUCAAGUCAUCAGAAGGUGAAACCAUUGAUCUUGAAAAACCUGUCAAAGCCGAAGGAAAUGUGGAAGUUUGGCUAAUGUCGCUGUUGAAAGAAGCUCAGCGAUCGUUGCACGGUGUUAUUCGUCAAGCUUACCACGCGAUAACUGAAUUAUCAACAAUAAAUUUUAUUGAAUUUCUCAACAGUUUUCCUGCUCAAGUUGGUCUUCUCGGUCUUCAAUUAGUUUGGACACGCGAAGCGACCUAUGCUCUACGGAAUGCAAAAUCCGAUCGAAAUGUCAUGCGAGCAACGGCGAAGACAUUCAGUGAUCUUUUAGACUUGUUGAUUGAUCAAACAACCAGAAAUCUGACACAUGUUGAACGGACGAAAUUCGAAACAUUGAUUACCAUCCACGUCCAUCAAAAAGAUAUUUUCGAUGAAUUGCUUCAAACUAAUAUUCGUUCAGCGACUGACUUCGACUGGCUCAAACAAACACGUUUUUAUUUCAAUGAAGAACUUGAUAAAGUUCAAAUCUCGAUCACCGACGUCGAUUUUUAUUAUAUGAAUGAAUUUCUUGGUUGCAACGAACGCUUAGUUAUAACACCGCUAACUGAUCGAUGUUAUAUCACAUUAGCGCAAGCUUUACAUAUGAGCAUGGGUGGAGCACCUGCAGGACCAGCCGGGACGGGUAAAACUGAGACUGUUAAAGAUAUGGGUCGAUGUCUUGGCAAAUAUGUUGUGGUUUUCAAUUGUUCCGAUCAAAUGGAUUUUCGUGGCUUGGGUCGAAUAUUCAAAGGUUUAGCACAAUCCGGCUCGUUUGGCUGUUUCGAUGAGUUCAAUCGUAUUGAUUUGCCUGUACUUUCUGUUGCCGCUCAACAAAUUGCCAUCGUUCUUGCAUGUAAAAAGGAAAAGAAACGUCAGUUUGUCUUCACGGACGGUGAUGUUGUCGAAAUGAAUAUGGGAUUUGGAAUAUUUCUAACCAUGAAUCCCGGCUAUGCUGGACGACAAGAACUACCUGAAAACUUGAAGAUUAAUUUUCGAUCGGUGGCUAUGAUGGUCCCUGAUCGCUUACCGAUCAUUCGCGUGAAAAUGGCCGCGUGUGGCUUCCGAGAAAAUGUUCCACUUUCGAAGAAAUUUUACACAUUGUACAAAUUAUGUGAAGAGCAAUUAAGUAAACAAGUGCAUUACGAUUUCGGUCUCCGAAAUAUUCUAUCUGUUCUUCGCACGCUUGGCGCGGUAAAACGCGCGAGCAGAGAUGAUUCAGAGAAGACGAUCGUCAUGCGAGUACUUCGGGAUAUGAAUUUAUCGAAAUUAGUUGAUGAAGAUGAACCGUUAUUUAUAUCGUUGAUCAAUGAUCUUUUCCCGAAUAUAAAACUAGAGAAAGAUAUUUAUGCUGAAUUAGAAGCAGCAAUUAAUAAAGAAACUCAAUCAGCUGGACUGAUCUGUCACCCACCGUGGAUUUUGAAGCUAAUUCAACUAUAUGAAACUCAACGUGUUCGCCAUGGUAUGAUGGCACUAGGACCUUCCGGUGUUGGCAAAACAAGCUGUAUCCAUACAUUGAUGAGAGCAUUGACUAUUUGCGGUGAACCGCACCGUGAAAUGCGAAUGAAUCCAAAGGCAAUAACAGCACCGCAGAUGUUCGGACGAUUAGAUUCGGCAACUAAUGAUUGGACAGACGGCAUAUUUUCAACGUUGUGGAGACGAACACUACGUACGAAAAGAGGUGAAAACAUUUGGUUAGUUUUAGAUGGUCCUGUCGAUGCGAUCUGGAUUGAAAACUUAAAUUCCGUCUUGGAUGAUAACAAAUCUUUAACAUUAGCUAAUGGCGAUCGAAUAUCAAUGGCGCCCAAUUGUAAAAUCAUCUUCGAAGUACACAAUAUUGACAAUGCGUCGCCAGCCACAGUUAGUCGAAAUGGAAUGGUCUACAUGAGCAGUUCGGGUUUAGACUGGCGACCAUUAAUACAAGGUUGGAUUAAACGUGAACGAUCUGCAGUGGAUGGUGAUAUUCUGAUGCGUCUAUUCGAAGCAUCAUUUUCAUAUAUCUAUCGUUACUUUGCACUCUAUCUCAAAUCGAAAAUGUCCGUUCUAGAAUGCAUGAUCGUUACUCAAGCGUGUCGAUUAUUAAACGGUUUGUUACCAUCGAAAGAAGCAAAAGAUCAAUUAAAUGCAAAACACAUCGAACGUCUUUACAUUUUCGCUAUCAUGUGGUCUGUGGGUGCUUUUCUCGAAUUAGACGAUCGAUCUCGUUUGCAAGAAUAUCUUUCCCACAAUACCGAUGGUAACUUUCAACUUGAUCUUCCCGUUGUACCAGCUGAUAGUGAAGACACGAUCUUCGAUUAUUUUGUUCAUGAGAAAACUGGUGCAUGGAAACAUUGGAAUACAGUUGUCACUGAAUAUAUCUAUCCGAAAGAUCACGAUCCGGAAUAUGCCUCAAUUCUUGUUCCCAAUGUUGACAAUGUCCGGACCGAUUUCCUCAUUCAUACGAUUGCCAAACAACAGAAACCCGUGCUACUCAUCGGUGAACAAGGCUCGGCGAAAACCGUUAUUAUGCAAUCUUACAUGACACGAUUGAAUGCAGAGCAGCAUUCACAAAAGAAAGUUAAUUUUUCAUCUGCGACAACACCGAAUAUGGUACAGCGAAUUAUUGAAUCGUAUGUCGAUAAACGCGUAGGAACAACUUAUGGUCCAUCAGCAGGCAAGAAAAUGACGAUCUUCAUUGAUGAUAUCAAUAUGCCAACAGUCAAUGAAUGGGGCGAUCAAAUAACUAAUGAAAUAAUCCGACAAUUGAUGGAACAGGGUGGCUUUUAUUCGCUAGAAAAACCAGGUGAAUUUACAACUAUUGUUGAUAUCCAAUUUCUGGCUGCAAUGAUUCAUCCCGGUGGUGGUCGAAAUGACAUUCCACAACGUCUCAAACGACAAUUUUGUAUAUUCAAUUGUACGUUACCAUCAAACGCUUCUAUCGAUAAGAUUUUCUCUGUUAUUGCGACUGGACAUUACGUAAAAGAACGUGGAUUCAAUGAUGAAGUGCGUUCGUUGAUUGAAAAACUUGUCCCGGCCACACGACGCUUGUGGCAAUUGACAAAAGUGAAAAUGUUACCAACACCGGCUAAAUUUCAUUACAUUUUCAAUCUACGAGAUCUUUCACGUAUCUGGCAAGGAAUGAUCAAUACAACGUCACAAGUGCUCAACACUGAAAAGAUUCUCUUGUCAUUAUGGAAACAUGAAUGUACACGAGUCAUCUGUGAUCGAUUCACCGAAGCUGAGGAUUACCGAUGGUUCUCAAAAAUAAUCGAUCGUGUAGCUGAAGAAGAACUUGGAAAUAAAUACCAAUCAAUGAUCAGACACGAAGAUUGGUUUGUUGACUUCUUAAGAGAUGCGCCAGAACCGACGGGCGAUGAACGUGAUGAUGCUGAUUUUGAUGCUCCGAAGGUAUAUGAGUCCAUACCAUCUUUUGAUGUUUUUCGAGAACGUUUAAAAAUGUACCUGGGACAAUAUAAUGAGACGAUUCGUGGUUCUGGAUUGGAUUUAGUUUUCUUCAAAGAUGCCAUGCAGCAUUUAAUAAAGAUUUCUCGUAUCAUUCGUACACCGCGUGGCAAUGCUCUACUAGUAGGCGUGGGUGGCAGUGGUAAACAGUCGUUAACUAAAUUAGCGUCAUUUAUUGCUGGUUACAAAAUAUUUCAAAUCACGUUAACACGGGCGUACAACAUCAAUAAUCUCUUAGAAGAUUUAAAAGCUCUUUAUCGUAUUGCUGGAAGAGAAGGGAAAGGAAUAACAUUUAUAUUCUCCGAUCAAGAUGUGAAAGAUGAAUCUUUUCUGGAAUAUAUCAACAAUGUGCUCUCAUCCGGAGUGGUUCCCGGAAUGUUUGCUCGAGAUGAAAUUGAUGAGAUCUGUCAAGAACUAGUGCCAAUCAUGAAAAAACAAUAUCCACGAAAGCCAGCGACGAACGAAAAUCUCUAUGAUUAUUUUCUCUCUCGUGUCCGACAAAAUCUACACGUUGUGCUAUGCUUUUCACCCGUAGGCGAAAAAUUCCGCAAACGAGGUCUACAAUUCCCUGGUCUAGUAGCAAAUUGUACCAUCGACUGGUUUCUUCGAUGGCCACGUGAUGCACUUGUCGCUGUCGCUGAUCAUUUUCUUUCAUCGUUUUCGAUUUCCUGUACGGACGCAAUUAAGAAAGAACUUGUUCAAUGUAUGGGCUCUGUCCAUGAUGGUGUUGCAGAAUACUGUUUACAAUAUUUUCAAAAAUACCGUCGUGCAACUCAUGUUACACCGAAAUCGUAUCUCUCGUUUCUCAAUGGUUAUAAAGAGAUUUAUUCUGAGAAAUUAUAUGAAAUCGAAUCGAUGGCUCGACGUAUGAACGAUGGUUUGACCCGUUUGGUUGAUGCGGAGAAGGCAGUGAUUGUCAUGAAGGAAGAAUUAGUUGUUAAAGAGAAAGAAUUGGACACAGCCAAUCGAAAGGCCGAUGAAGUUUUGAAAGAAGUCGCUGUGAAGAAAAAUGCCGCGGAAGUUGUUCGACAAGAGGUGCAAAAAGUCAAAGAUACAGCACAAUCGCUCGUCGAUGAGAUUGACCGAGAUCGAAUGCAAGCCAAUGCUGAGUUAGAAACGGCUAAACCAGCUUUGAUUGCUGCUGAAGAAGCGUUAGAGACGAUUACACAGAACGAUAUUGCUGUUGUCAAACGGCUUGGUCGUCCGCCACGUUUGAUUCGACAAAUGAUGGACUGCGUUUUGAUUCUUUCUGGACGUCCAUUGAAAAAUCCAAUUAGAUUCGAUACAGAUAUUGGUGGUCCUGAGCCCAGUUGGGAUAAUUCAUUAAAAAUGAUGAAUGAUACAAAUUUUCUUCAAAAUCUUCGAACAUUCCCGCGAGAUCGUAUUAACGAUGAACAAAUCGAACUACUUCAACCUUAUUUUCGCGUACCGGAUUACACACCUGAAGGUGCGAAAGUCGCUGCUGAUGCUAUUGCCGGCUUGUUAACAUGGACCCGGUCAAUGGCUGAUUUCUUCUACGUAAACAAACGUGUCAUGCCGUUGAAAGGUAAUUUAGCCAAACAGGAAGCUCGACUAGUCAAAGCGAAUAAACAAUUGCAAAUCGCACAAGACGAAUUAGAUCGACGUGAAGAAGAACUAGCUGAAGCUCAAUCAGAAUACGAUGUAGCGAUGGGAAUCAAACAACGCUUACAAGACAAUCUUGAUCGAACGUUGAAACGAAUGAAUGCUGCCAAAGAAUUAAUUGCUGGCCUAGCUGAUGAACAAGAACGAUGGACCGAACAAAGUAAACAAUUCCGAGCACAGAUUGGCCGACUGGUUGGUGAUGUUCUUCUCUGCACUGGCUUCCUUUCCUAUCAAAGUCCAUUCAAUCAAGAUUUUCGUAUGUUACUCGCAAAAGAUUGGCAAAAACUAUUAACCGAACGAAAUAUCCCAUUCACUCGGACAUUGAAUGUUUCGGAAUAUCUAACUGAUGUAACAAUGGUUGGCGAAUGGAAACUACAAGGUUUACCAAACGAUGAAUUAUCGAUUCAGAACGCAAUUAUCGUUACGCGUGCUAAACGUUAUCCAUUGUUAAUUGACCCGCAAGGUCAAGGCAAAGCGUGGAUUAGAAACAAAGAAUUGUAUAAUGAUCUACAAACAACAAAUUUGCAUUCGAAACACUUUCGACAACAUUUAGAAGAUUCCUUAUCACUCGGACGGCCAUUACUGAUCGAAGAUGUCGGCGAAGAGCUCGAUCCCGCUUUAGACAAUAUCUUAGAAAAGAAUUUCAUUCGAACGGGAACAUCGUUGAAAGUUAAAAUCGGAGAUCGAGAAAUCGAUAUAUUGAAAGGGUUUAAUUUGUAUAUCACAACGAAAUUGGCCAAUCCGUCAUUUACGCCUGAGAUUUCAGCGAAAACAUCGGUGAUUGAUUUCACUGUUACAAUGAAAGGUCUAGAAGAUCAACUGUUAGGUUUAACUAUUCUGAAAGAAAAAGCAGAGUUAGAAGCGGAACGUGUGAAAAUGUUAGAAGAUAUCCAGGCAAAUAAUAAACGAAUGAAAGAAUUGGAAGAUAACCUUUUGUUACGAUUAACCAAUUCGAAAGGUUCAUUAGUUGACGAUGAUGAUCUUAUUCAAACAUUGAAAACAACCAAAAUCACCUCGAAUGACGUGAAACACAAACUUCAGAUCGCUACGGAAACAAGUCAGAAGAUCAACAUCGCUCGUGAAGAAUACCGUCCUGUCGCUACACGUGGUUCGAUCAUCUAUUUUCUCAUUGUUGAAAUGUCCCUAGUGAAUGUUAUGUAUCAAACGUCUCUCAAACAAUUUCUCCAAUUAUUCGAUCAAGCACUCGAACGUUCACCACGAUCACCUGUCACCGCGAAACGCAUUACGAAUAUUAUGGAGUAUUUGACCUACGAAAUCUACAAAUAUGCUGUUCGAGGAUAUUAUGAAGAACACAAAUUUAUGUUCACACUUUUGCUGGCUUUGAAGAUCGAUUUACAAGCUAGUCGAAUUAAAUUUGACGAAUUUCAAACAUUAAUCAAAGGCGGAGCGUCAUUGGAUACGAGCACAGUACCGCCAAAGCCUUCGUACAAAUGGUUGCAGAAUGAUGCAUGGCUCAAUCUGGUUGAACUAUCGAAACUUUAUCAAUUCAGCGAUAUUCUUCAUUCAUUCCAUCGAGCUGGAUCAGCAUGGGAAACAUGGUUUAAAGUUUCACAAACUAUUCUUCCGCACAAAGACGAACCUGAACGCAUUGAAUUGCCCGAUGGAUGGGAACUACAACUAGACAAAUUUCGUCGUUUAUUAUUAAUUCGCUCAAUAACGCCAUCGCGUUUCGUGAAAUCAGCGAAUGAUUACAUCAUCGAUUCCUUGGGACCGAAAUAUGGCGAAGGUGUUGUACUCGAGAUGGAUAAGAUGUGGGAAGAAUCAGAUAAAUGUUCACCGAUGAUUUGCUUUCUCUCGAUGGGUUCGGAUCCAUCGGUUCAAAUUGAAACUCUAGCAAAGAAGAAAGGUCUUGAUUGUCACGCAAUAUCCAUGGGUCAAGGACAAGAAGUUCACGCUCGACGAUUAUUAUCACAAGCAUAUGCGAAUGGAACUUGGGUUCUGUUACAAAAUUGUCAUUUGUCUAUAGAAUUUUGUGAGGAAUUCUUAGUACAAUUGACCGACAAUACCGAUCGUAUUCAUCCCGAUUUUCGUCUAUGGAUCACUACGGAAGUUCAUCCUAAAUUUCCCAUCGGUUUACUACAAAUUUCUCUUAAAUAUACAGCUGAACCACCACAGGGCAUUAAAGCUGGCUUGAAACGGACCUUCGCUGGUUUAACGCAAGAACAACAAUUGGAAGCAAAUACACAAGAGAAAUGGCGACCGUUACUAUACACAGUCGCGUUUUUGCAUACCAUUGUUCAAGAACGACGAAAGUUUGGUCCACUCGGAUGGAAUAUACCCUAUGAAUUUAAUCAAUCGGAUUUCAAUGCCACUGUCCAAUUUAUUCAAAACUAUCUCGAUGAAAUGGAUACAAAUAAGCCGAUGCAAUGGAAAAUGAUUCACUAUAUGAUAUCGGAAGUACAAUAUGGAGGUCGUGUAACGGAUGAUUUCGAUAAACGUUUGUUGAAAACUUACGUUCAAAGUUGGUUUCGCGAUGAAAUGUUCGAUCCUAAUUUUCAAUUCGAAGAAAAAACCUAUCGAAUACCGAAAAUCACACAUAUGGAUGAUAUAUUUAAUUACAUCGACACAAUACCAAACUAUGACAGUGGAAAAGUCUUCGGAUUAAGUCCAUUAGCAAAUGACCGAUACCAAGAAGAUACAACACGAAAAGUUCUCGAUACGAUUUUGAGUAUUCAACCGAAAGAAGCUCGUGGCGGUGUGGGUGAGACACGCGAAGCGGUUAUCUAUCGUCUAGCAAGCGAAGCCUUAGAUAAAUUACCCGCUGAUUAUAUUGCAUAUGAAGUCAAAGAACGUCUUUCCAAACUUGAGCCAAUGAAUAUCUUUCUUCGACAAGAAAUCGAUCGUUUUCAACGCGUAUUGAACAUUGUACGGCGUACAUUGGUUGAAUUGAAAUUAGCUAUCGAUGGUACGAUCGUUAUGAACGAAGAUUUGCGUGAUGCUUUAGAUCGAAUGUACGAUGCGAAGAUUCCAACACUUUGGCUGAAAUUGUCGUGGGAAUCAUCAACAUUAGGCGCUUGGUUUUCCGAUUUAUAUGCGCGAAACGAACAGUAUCGUUCGUGGUUAAAACUUGAUAAAGACACUCGACCGAUCGCAUUCUGGAUGACAGGAUUUUUCAAUCCACAAGGAUUUCUCACAGCUAUGCGACAGGAAAUUACACGAGCUAAUCCAGGCUGGUCACUUGAUAACGUCGUGCUCACAAAUAAAAUAACUCGCAUGGAUCGUGACUCACUAAAAGAGGCACCACGCGAAGGCGUUUAUGUUUACGGUCUGUAUGUCGAAGGAGCGAAGAUACGUAAUGGUGUUCUGGAUGAGUUAAAAGCCAAUGAAAAACUUCUCACACAUCCUAUGCCGAUUAUACAUAUCUCAGCGGAAGCCGAGGUUAGUACAAGUGGUGCACCGGCGAAACAAGAACGUCGACCAGUAUAUUAUGCACCUGUAUAUAAAAAACCACGCCGAACUGAUCGAAACUACGUAUGUACGUUGAAAUUGGAAUGUCCUCCAGGUGACAAAACAGGACCAAACGUUUGGACAUUGCGAGGUGUCGCAAUUCUCUGUGAUAUCAAAUAG